GGAACACUGAAAUAGGUCCUCCAAUUCUAAUUGGAGUUCAAAAGGCUUAAGCUAAUCUGGAACGAGAAGAAGCGGCUAAUCCAGAUGGAUUAAUUUCAGAAGUCUUUAAGGAUGGAGGUCCAGUUUUCAGCGAUUAGGUUGACUAAUAUUUUAGCUAAAAUUCGGAAACUGGAUAUAGUCCCAUCUGACUGGUCUCAAUCACUGAUCGUCCCAAUAUAUAAGAAAGGAUCAGUGACAUCCUGUGAUAACCAUAGAGGGAUUUGUUUAACUAAUAGCGUCUAAAACACUAGCCUCAGUAAUUAUCGGACACCUAACAAAUACUCGUGAACUACAAACACUAGAAAACCGAGCUAGCUUCAAACAUGGUCGUGUCUGCACCGAUUACAUAUUCACCAUUCGUCAGAUUUUAGAACAUAGGCAUGUUUAUCGGCGUCCGACAAUGAUGGUUUUUCUUGACUUAGAUGCAGCAUUUGACUCUGUAGACCAAAAAGUUCUGUGGCAGUGUCUGUCAUUGAAAGGCGUACCUUCAAAGUACAUAAAUCUUGUGAAGGCUCUUUACUCGAACACUACCAGUCGAUUCAGAGCUUCUGGUGAACUGUCAUCUGACUUUACAACCUUAAGUGGUGUCCGGCAAAGUUAUCCACUAUCUUCAUUUUUGUUCAAUUCCAUCAUAGACCUAUUACUGGAAAUAAUGUUCCCAUCGACUGCAAUAUCGGGAAUAGGUCUUCUAUCAGGAGUUCCUUUUUAUUGACUUAGAAUACACAGAUGACAGUCCUGUUUGGUGAAGACGCUGAUAAAAUGCAAAGUCUUUUGGUAGCACUCAGCAAUAGUGCCAGGAUGUUUGGGAUAUGUUUCCCCCUAAAUGCAAGUUGUUGCUUUAGGACUGGCCUGCGUCAACACCUGAACUAAUGACAGGGAGCGAAGUAGUCGAACGCAUCGACAACUUCACUUAUCUUGGAAGUCUGAUCAGCCGUAAUGGGUUAAUGUUUGACGAAAUCUCUGCAUGGAUUCAGAUAGCUCGUUUGGAUUUUGCCAACUUACGUCACCUAUGUCGAAGGCGAGAUAUUCAUCUAUCAAUAAAAGGACGAGUAUACUGCGCGGCAGUCCGUUCUGUUUUAAUUUACGGCAGCGAAACAUGGCCAUUAAAAAUAGAAGAUACUCGUAAACUACUAGUAUUCGACCACAGAUGCCUUAGAAAUAUUGCUGGCAUCUGGUGGGAUCACCGGGUAAAUAAUAGUGAGGUUAGACGCAGGGUAUUAGGGAAUGAUGGUAAAUCAGUUGAUAAGGUUGUGAAUCUUCAUAGACUGAGAUGGUUGGGUCACGUGUUACGUAUGCCCGAACACCGAUUACCACGAUGCUUAAUGCUGACUAGUGUUGGAGAAGGAUGGAAGAAAGUUCGGGGCGGCCAAACCAAAACGUGGCAUCAGUAUUUGAAGCCGCUAACUUCUAGUCUCAGUCAUGUUGUUAGAUGCAGACUACUUGGUUGGGGUUCGCGCGACUAUCGUAACCAAUGGUUAGAGACUCUGGGUGGAACGGCUCAGAAUCGAUCACAGUGGUAUUGGUGUAUACACUCUCUGCCUUCCCUUAAACUAAGAGAUUAAAAUCACUUCAUAUCUUUCUUUCUACGAACUAAUUCUUUCUUCCUGUACUAUAUCCUUAUAUGCAAUCUUUUUUAAAAUAUAUAUUACUACCAUUGAAGUAGCUGCUUAUAUGAACUUGGCUUUCAUCUUGUUGUGCUAAUGAGGUGUGGUCACGUGAACCGAUGCAUAUAUGUGCCUGGUCCUACGUUGUUAAUGAGUGACCAUCGAUAAACAAAAUACCAUGACAUGAGAUAGUCAAGUGAUGUCCACCGCGUGAUUAUAUAUCCUUGGGACUUGGAGAAAGUGUUGUAGGUCACCCGCAUUCUAAUCACUUAAAGUCUUCCCCCAUAUAUCAGUAAACCUGCAUAAGAUUUCUUUGAUCCUACUACUGGCUGAUAAUAAUUUCUGAAUAUCACAUAUAUGAAUUACCGUCAUGUUAUGUCAGUCAAAUGGAAGCCAUCGAACAUCGGUUAAAUUGACUUCAAUUGUUUAGAGUCGGCUUCAUAUGUGGCCGAGAAAACCUAAUGACUUUAAAUAACAAGGGAAAACAUGCUGGUAUAUCAUCAUAGGUUACAUAAACAACUUAUAAAUUAUUCACAAACUACCCAGCGCAUACGAUAUCAAAAUCUUUAUCAAAUGAUCUGUAUGACAUUCUAGACUAUUUAAAAAAGUACUACCAUGUAGUAUGAGUAGUCUGAUAUAAAUCAAACUAAUCAACCAACCUUUCCAUUCAGAUUUAUAUGUAGACAAAAUUUGUUCAACAAAAAAUUCAUCGUCUUUAUAUUUCGUUAUUUUGUCUUGAAGUUUGCUAACCAUCUACAUAAUGUUUAUUUCUAAUUGAAUACACCUAUGUAUAAUGUGUUAAAGUCUUACUGAUUUUAUAUAGAAUUCGUUAAUCAUGCAAAUGAGAUAUUUUAGAAAAGAAAUCCAGCUGAAGAGCAAGAGUUCAGUUUAAAUGCUAUAAAUAAGUAAUUAAAUCAAUAACUACACAAAACAAGUAUAGUAAUCAUGAUUAAUUAAAAGAAAAAAAACUAUGGAUUACUAAAAUCUAUGUAUUACUAAUUCAUACAAACUGAAAUAUUUCGUAUCUACUAGAUUUCUAUAACACUCUUCCAUUAGUUAUUGAUUUAAGCUGUAAAUUUUUCCCCGUUUUGUUUACUGUAAGCCAAAUAUCUAGAAUUGUUUAAAGAAUAUCCUAGCUAGUUUUAUUUCCCUGAAAUCUAUUCUUGAAUUAUUUUAUCAACUCUCGCAUGCUGUAAACUUAAUGUCCUAAUAAUUAUAUUCCAGAAGGUAUUCUUCGUCAUAUUCAAACAGGAGACACAUUCUGUGUAAAGGUAACUUCAACAGGCCCUUCACUUAAAAGACAAGAAAUUAUUCGUGCAAUUUGUACACGUUUAAUUCGUCAACGGUUAUUUGCUUUAAAUAUGGAAUCAAGUCAAGUUCCGAUUCCUGGACAUCCUACUCACUGUAUGAGAGUUUUACAUUCUAAAAAUUUUUUUACCCACAAAGGUCCCAUCAUUAUUUUGUUACAAGGGGGUGGGAUCGCUCAGGCUGGCGUUUGGGCUCCUCGUCUUCUAUUACAUCCUCAACAUGGUCUACAGUCUGGCAGUCAAAUAUCUUUAGUCAAAAAAGCACAUGAACAAGGUUAUGCAAUAGCUAUUAUCAAUGCAAACGAACAUGUCCCAAGUGAAGCAGAAAUGGAUGCUAUGGAAAGAUUUCCUAAUCCUUCUUGUCCAUUAUUCAAUGUUACAGAAUGUGUACGUAUUGAUCACAAUCUUAAGUCACCUGUUCAUGACAAUAAUCAUGAUGUACCAAUCUAUCUUACUUUACCUGAUCAUUCAAAUAAGUUAAUAUUACCUGCGCUUGACAGCAAAUCUCACCAUCCAGUUGCUUUCGAUUCAAAUUUAGAAAAUCCAAUACUCUUUGUACCAUGUAAAUCAUCUACUGAACAAGAAUCCAAACAGUUAUUUCGAUCGUGUUUGACAAGAACACCGUCAUCAUCAUCAGCUUUAUCAUGUUUACUCACUGGAUCGAAUUCUACAUCCAGUUCAACUAUGCGAACAAAUUCUAACCUACAGAAAACACCUGUUUGCUGCGUGAAUUCAAUUUGUUCGACGAAUGAAACUUGUUUAACUUCAUCGACUACUGAUUUGACGUUGAAUACGCAUGUAAAAUCUGUUGGUUCGACAGUUAACGCACCUUCAUCAUCCUCAAUGUUAAAUGCUACUCAUUCACUGAACUACGAAUCACAGUCACAAAAACAUGUGUUUUUAGUUCCAUCUAAUAGUAUCGCUCUUAAGAAUUUGAUACAGGUUCCACAAGGUAGAAAUAUUGUUACAGAUGAUAUGAAUUCACUUAACUCAUCUAACUGUCACUCAUUUGUUGAAAAUUCAAAUUGCGUGAUAAAUUCCGGAAAUAAUAUUACUUCUGUUAAAAAAUCUUCAAUCAUCUGUCAUUUUCCCGCAACAUCAAUGCCAACAGCGUCAACAACGACGACACUACCAACAACAUCUGAUAUACCAUCAUACUCCAUUGAAGAUAAAGACCGAAAUUUUCCAAAGGGUCGUUCAUUAAACAAUGAUCCAAUAGUGUCAAAUAUUUCUGUAGAGGAUCGUCUCUAUGGCAUAUGGCGUCAAAUUAUACCACAUUGUGCAUCAAAUCAUAUAUUAGUUUGGGCUCAUCAACAAGGUGCCAAUGCAUUUAUUCAUCCAUUCAAACCGAUGCCUGAUGUGUUUCCUGGGUUUUCAUUACCAGUUCCAAUUAAUUCACGUAAGAAAUUGUCUUCAACUCCUAUCAACACGGAUAUAAAACAAAUGUCAGAAAAACCGAUUAUCCCACCUACCAUACAUAAUGAUUCCAUGCUUGAUAAAUGUCCGGAAUCCUUAUCCAAUAACCACAACAAUCUGGAUUCUGUAGUUCAGCACAACUCUAAGAUGCGGAUUAAUAAACAAUUAGAGUGGUCAACUGGUUGUUUAUCAAAAGUAUUAAAAUCACCAGUUGUUCUGUCUGAUACAGUAUCAUAUAACACUUCUAAAAAACCACGUUUAUCUAAUGAAUGCGAUGGAAAUAAUCCUUCUACACAAGUUGGAUAUAAUAAUGUGCCUAGUGACUAUCAUAACAAUGGCAUCAAUAAUAUUGACAAAGCAAAAAUACGUUUUACAAGAAGACGUCAUUUAUCUUCUGGACCUAUACUUAUGACCCAUAAAAAUGAAAAUAGUACACGUAAAAGUGCAUAUAUUUUGGAGCCUACAAAUGAUAAUUUACCUCUUAUUACAAAUGAUUAUGAACAAUCUCAACAAAAUAAACCUCUUGUGACUAUCAACACUAUUCCUGAUGAAAUUAGAGAAAUACUUCCUAAAGUUUCAACUGGACAUUUAUGGUUCGAUCGACGUAUUUAUGGACCAUGGAGACAUCAUGUCACUCCAGAAGCUUCAAGGCGUGCAUUUUGGUUACCAGAUGAUAACGGCUUAUUAGCUAAAAACAUUUCAAAGAAAAAUGCCUCAAAUUCUAUUACAAAUCAAACUGAAAAUAAAUUAUGUGUUGAUAAUUUACCAGCAGUAAGUGGUAGUGACUUGGAUGCCAUGCGUUUUGCUAAACAUGGUGGUGUCAUACCUCAAAGUGUUGAUAUAUGGUCUGAUAUCAUUUCAAAGGAUAAUAAUAAGUCAGAUGAAUUUUUACAACUACGUUUAGCAAGAGCAUGGCAACGUAAAGCGGAGCGUUUAUGGCGUGAGUUGACAAGUCGUGUAAAAGCUGUUGUAUUCACUGAUUCAGCAGAUGUGUUGGAUUUAUGUGCAGCUGGGGUUGGAUGGGGGUUGAAUAUCCUUAAUGAACAGAAUAAUAAUGAUAGUGAAUUACCCUGUAUUUAUAAGCCUACAGUAUAUCAGCAAAAUAUACCAGAAAAAGUCUUACAAUUCAGAGAAUGGUUAUCACAGAAUUCAGUGAACUAUGUAGCAGCCAAUCUCAAAUUAGGUACACGACUCAAUCCACAAGUUAAUGCACAACGACAUGCUAUCCCAACACUGUCAUCAAGCACAACAGAACAUGAUCUCAUUCCUAGUACUGUAUUACAUCAUAUAUUUGAUUUUUUCCGAUCAAAAUUACAACCAUCAUUUCCCAAGGAAGACAGUGAACAUUCAAAAUCAGAAUCACCUUCAACAAUCGUGGAGAAUAGUACUUGUUCAAUGUUGUCAUCUGUACAUUCAUAGAAGUAGUAAAUUCAGACACUGUAAUUCUUUAUUUUUGUUUUUUGCAAAGCAAUUAAUAAUGAAAAUAUAUGUAAUAUGUGACCAAAAAAGGUC